UCAAAAAAUGCUGUUGCCGGUUUCGGUUGCAACCAGAGCUGGGCGGCUUCUUUGCAACAAGGAGAACGUUUCUUGUAGAGAAGAGGGAGAUUUUUGGGAUUGAAAAACCUUGUGUAGUUCUAGGUAAAGAGGAAAUCCGAGCCUUUUUACCACUUGGCUCGUCUCCAAUUUCUGUCGUAGCAGCUGUUAUGGAUAUUCUGGAUAGUUCCUGUGUCUCAACCAACUCAGCUGUCAGAAUAAACAUCUACGAGAAGCUGUCCUCCAUGGGAGUGGCGCUCCCAGAUGAAGGAACGCUACAUCUUCGGUCCUCUUUAGAGGAUUCUUCAAUAACAUCUCCGGUGACCACUCCAAAGCCUAAGAAGAGACGAAUGACCGUGAACGAGCGUGAGUGCUGUUUUGGCGUGGCCCUCCCCGAAACGAAUCACCUGGCAAUGGUGAGACUGGACGAGAAGACCACAGCACGAGUGCCAGGAGCGCUGGUGACAAUGGUGGAGUUUCUUGAGGAGCACAUACAAAUGGAGGGCAUUUUUCGCAAGACCGGCUCCCUACCUCGUCAGAAGCAGUUGCGGGUUCAACUUUGCCGGGAGUGUUAUUUGCAGGAAGAUGCAUCGGCCCACGAUAUUGCAAACCUCCUGAAGGUCUACUUCCGUGAGCUGCCCAUCUGCCUCUUCUUAAAUCAGCUGCUGAGUUCGUUUAUUUUCGUCGCUCACAAUUUCCAGCACUCGCCGACGCUGAUGGAUCGACUACUGCUGGACUUGUGUUUGCUGUUGCCGGAAAGUCAUCAGUUUGUCCUCCAGUACACAUUACAGUUUUUCUACAGGGUAUCGCGGGAGUCAGAAAGCAAUCUCAUGGAUCUUGACAACCUAGCCGUGGUACUAACACCCAAUCUCAUGCCAUCGAUGGACGCUGCGUGUCCAGACUUGGAACUCAGAACAACGGUCGUAAAGAUCCUUAUUCGCCAAUCGCGGUGGCUAUCACGACGGAGGCGCGAGGUCCUGCGCGGAAAUCUCGACCGCGUUCAGUCUCUUUCGAGUCUGAAGAGCGGUACUAGUGAGGAUUCCAUGUCGCACAAAGCCAGGAAAAUCCGACGACGACCAUCUUUCAAAGAUCUCGGCCACAUGGCGAUACGAAAAGGAAAAGCUCUGGCAGCUGAGAACCCCUUAAGACGGAAAGAAACAUUCAAGGAGAAGAAACCAUCGUUGCUGCCUGAAAUUCUGAAGCCGAAGAAAACUCUUAUUCGGCGCCGAUCUCUACGGCUUGCGACUGCUCUUGGAGUCAGCUCACGACUGAAUGUGCCAGAUCUAAACUCUUCGCAGCCCGAUCCAGCCCGAUGAGUAUGAAUUGAUACUGAUCAAAGUGAUUUCACGGCAUUCUGUUGACUACAACCUGGCCAGGUGGCACGUGUUCUGCAUGACUUUGCCUUGACCAAGAUAGCUUGUGUUCUGGCCGGAGGGCCGUCGACAUUUUUCCAAGCUGAUGUGUCCCCGCAAGUGGCGCUGCUUAGUAAAAGCGAUGGCGAAGUGCAAGGGCUGUGACUGUUGCCGAGUGAGCAAGAUGCUCGAUCUCGCAUUAGUGGCUAUGUUGUCUUCUCUGGACUGCUUUCUUUCGGUUUGGCUGCUGUUGCUGCAGUUGCGGCUACUUCUUUGAAGUACAUGAGAAAUAUUCGUACUUAGAUCUUCUAAACGUUGUACAUAAUUAUGUCUUAGUGUUCUUAGCCUAUUUGUUACUCAUCCAAUAGAUUUAGUGCUUGAUGUAGGCAUAUUUUCAUUUUGUUUCUUUCUAUGAUGAAAACUAUCGCGCCAUGCAAAAGCAUCCAACCACAUGAGAUUGUAACGUUAUAAUUAUGUUUUUACCCUUUCUCAGACCCCCUCCAACUUGUGCCUUCUGCAUCCAACCUCUUUUUACUACCGCGGUACCUGUACAAGUUCAGUGUGCACUUUACUGCCUGCCUUGCGAUUUUUUAUUUUGCUUUUCACCUGGGAGUGGUGGAAUACUCCCGCCUUGCUUAUCACCAUGCGAAAAAAAAAUUGUCACGAUGUGUCCAUGAAAAUUGUUCAUGCACCAUCAGUUUCAUACCAUUUUCAUUUUUCAUAUUGUGCUAUCAGCAAUGGAUCAGUACCUUCCCACAUUGAGCCUAGCCAGACUCCCAUAAUUAUUAUAUAUAUAAUAAUAUUUCCCCGCUGUUACGCCUACACUGUAAAAUGAAAGCCGAGGGAACAAAAGCUCUGAAUGGAAAA